AUAUAUGAAAUACCUGUACCCAUACGAGUGCGAGAAAGAGAAACUGAGUUCACCGGACGAACUCCAGUCCGCCAUCGAUGGCAACCGCAGAGAAGGCCGGCGUUCCAGUUAUGGUCAGUACCCAGAAAUGGUUGGCGCGACGCCUCCUCCGCACAUGAAUCGCAAUCAGGCCACUCAUCUCCACACAUCACCUCUAAGUCUUGUUUCACGUCAAUUAAAUGGCCACAACUCACAGGGAAUGUCAUCAGGUGAAGAAGACAAUGGAAGUAUAUCUUCGACACCAACUCAUCAUUUCUCUCAUCACAAUCCGAUGCCACAAUCGGAGGCUUUAAAUCUUGAAGUGAAUCCACGCAAUGCAAGCGACUUCACGAACAGAGCGCUCGAGACCUCGAGGAAGAUCAUGGAAGACGCUCUGGGAGUGACGCCCGCCAAACGAUUACUAUCUGAUGAGGAGCGAUUCCUAAUGCACGCCGCGCUCCCCAGCGUUCAGAUCAAAGUUAUGAACAGAGACGGUAGGUCUCAGAUAGAGAGUCAAUUGGCAGUCAGUAUGGAAAUCAAUGGUAUUGUAUAUCACGGAACUCUUUACGCUCAGUCAGCCCGGAGUCGACACUCGUGAACGCGUCUCUCAACAACUAUUUUAGACAAACAUUAAAAGCGAUCAAAGUUUUUGAAAAUAUACUAUUAUUAAUGGUCUACCAAAUGAUAUUUGCAAUCAUCACUAUUUUAGUGCCUUUUAUUUGAAAACUAAAUUCUCAGACUUUUUACCCGACAUUUAUAUCGACGAAAUCUAUUACUCGUUUUCUCGCCGUCUCUUCGCUCUCCGUCUCCGAAGAGAUUUUUAAAAAACUUUACAAAACAAACAAAAAACCAAAACAAUUGUUUCAAAGUUAAUAUUUUAAUCGC